AUGCCAAGCACCAAAGCUCACUGUCUCGUCUGCGAAAACGCCGAGGGCAAGUACAAAUGCCCUCACUGUAGCUUGUACACGUGCUCGGUCCCGUGCUUCAAGAAACACCGUGACAAUCACCCGCCUAUUGUAUCCUCGACACCAGCGCAGUCGAAGGGUGCCCCGGUCACGUCGACUGGCGGUGCUGGCUCUCACGACGGGUCUUCUGAUCCUACGCAGCCACCCACUGCCGAGCUGUCGGGAAUCGCCGACAUGCCGGAGUACAAGACGCUUACGCAGAAGUAUCCCAGGCUAGAAGCGCUGCUUUGGAACAUCGCCGCAGCCACGGACCCGCCAGCAAACGAUAACGGUAGCAACUCUAGACACGGCUCGCUGUCUGGAUCAAGCAAAAAUCGCCGUCCAAGAAACCAACCGUGGACCCAAGAUGUCGGCUACGAGAAUGGCGUGGAUGUUCUCCGUCGGACUAGGGAGACUCCCGGGGAGGAUAGGAACGCUCUCAGGGAGUUCUCGGAGCUCUUCCGACUUUACAAGGCUAGAAAGGCAUCCAUCAGUGCUGUAGACAGCCUCCGACAGCAGCGUGCCCAAGAUGACGCCAAGGCUAUUGGGGAUCUUAUGCGUACUGAGAAGUUGGAUGAUGUAUCUUAG